ACUCAUGAAAUAUACAUUAAUCUUAAACGCCCGAAAAUCUCGGUAUGCCUUGUCAUAAAAUCACAUCUCUUCUUCUCCUCCUCAUUGCCCACUAAACCCACGACCCCACCAUGUGCUUCUUCUUCUUCUUCUCCUUCUCCAUCUCUUCUUCCAUUUUCUCUCUCUACACUUCUUCUCUCCUCUCACUUCCUUUCCCUCUCAAUUAAUGGAGGAAUCCAUCACCGACCUUUCUUCAUCCCCUCCCAUGGAUGGCGACCUUGCCGAGAAUCUUCAUCUUGUCAUUUCUGAUAUUGUCAGAAUCUCUUCUAUUGGCACUUUUGGGGAUUUGUUCAAGAAAGAUUGUACUGAUCUAGGUCGAAGAAUUUCUCUUUUAUCUCAUUUAGUUGAAGAGAUCCGUGAUUUUAAACCUGAUUCUUCCAAUCCUUCUUCCUCUUCGUCUUCUUCCCACGGUUCUUCUUGUUUCUUUGAUUUAUUUAUUGCUCUUCAGGAUUCCAAGAGGCUUCUUUGUGCUGCCUCUAGCUUCGAUCCCAAUGAAGAUGGUGCCACCAAGAGAGUUGCUUUUCAGUUUCAAUGUGUUACAUGGAAACUAGAGAAGGCAUUGGGAAGCAUUCCUUAUGAACAGUAUGGUGUCUCAGAGGAGGUUCAGGAGCAGGUUGAGUUGGUAAGAACACAGCUGAAAAGAGCUACUGAACGAUAUGGGCCUUUCAAUUCAAGCAAAAUAAGCCGUGCUGUGUCUCAACCCCUACUUAAUGAUUUGGAACUGUUGCAAUCUGGAAACAAAGGCUUUGGAUGUUUGCAUUUAGGUAACAUUGGCAACAUUGAUCAUGAAGUCAAGCGGAAAGUCAAAAAUUUUCCACAGGGUAAUUUCUCAUCUAGUGAUACCAAUGAUGUGUCACAAGUGGAGGAAGUUUCUUCUUCGCUGGAACAGGUUUGCGCAUCUAAUAGUGCUGAAGAGGUUAAUGUAUCUUCUGGUGAAAGUCAAGAAGAAAGCGGGAAACAGGAUUCUGUGACGAUCCCUGAAGACUUUCUUUGUCCAAUUUCUCUUGAGAUCAUGAGAGAUCCUGUUAUAGUUGCUACAGGACAGACCUAUGAGCGAUCCUACAUACAAAGAUGGAUAGAUUCUGGCAAUGUGACAUGCCCAAAAACUCAGCAAAAGCUCCAGCACUUCACCUUGACUCCAAACUAUGUCUUAAGAAGCUUGAUUUAUCAAUGGUGUGCAAAGAACAAUGUUGAGCAGCCAACUGCUUUAAUGACUGGUAAAAUAAAGAAGAGCGAUGGAUCAUUCCGUGAUGUAAGUGGAGAUAUUGCAGCAAUUCAGGCCCUUGUACGUAAGCUGUCUUCCAGGUCAGUGGAGGAGCGUAGAGUUGCGGUGACAGAAAUUCGAUCCCUUUCUAAAAGAAGUACGGACAACAGGAUACUGAUAGCAGAAGCAGGAGCUAUCCCUGUUCUGGUUAACCUAUUAACAACCGACGAUGUAGUAACCCAGGAGAAUGCAGUUACAUCCAUUCUCAACCUCUCAAUUUAUGAAAAUAACAAGGAAUUAAUAAUGCUUGCGGGGGCAAUCCCGUCAAUCGUUCAAGUCCUCCGCAAUGGGAGCAUGGAAGCGAGGGAAAAUGCAGCGGCUACCCUUUUUAGCUUGUCGCUUGCAGAUGAAAACAAAAUAAUUAUUGGUGCGUCCGGAGCAAUCCCAGCAUUGGUAGAACUGCUCCAAACAGGAAGCCCUAGAGGAAAGAAAGACGCUGCCACAGCGCUUUUCAAUCUGUGCAUAUAUCAGGGUAACAAAGGCAGGGCUGUAAGAGCCGGAAUCAUCGCAGCAUUAAUGAAAAUGCUAACAGAAUCCAACGGUACCAUGGUGGACGAAGCUUUAACUAUACUUUCCGUCCUCGCCGGCCACCAAGAGGCUAAGAUCGCCAUCGUCAAAGCUUGCACUAUACCCGUUCUUAUCGAUCUUUUGAGAACAGGUCUCCCUAGGAACAAGGAGAAUGCUGCCGCUAUUCUACUAGCUUUGUGUAAGAGAGAUAUGGAGAAUCUUGCGUGCUUGAGCAGGUUAGGAGCCGCCAUUCCCUUGGCAGAAGUUACGAAGAGCGGAACCGAGCGAGCCAAACGGAAAGCAACAUCAUUAUUGGAAUUGUUAAGAAAGCUGCAACAACAGCAUUAAGAUGAGUUGUGUUGCUUGUUUUCAAUCUGAUUUUGUUCCUUAAUUGUUUGUAAUUGUUAAAGUUACAGGGUUUCAUUUGGGAUCUGGAAAUAGUGAGCGUUAUGCUGAGAAAUGUGGAUGAAAAGACAUUCUCAUUGAUCAAUGUAUCUGUAUUUACUAUUUUUUUUUACAUGGUGAAGGAGUGAAAAAAGUAAUUCAAUUCAUCUCUUCUUUUGUAAUCAA